AUGGCUGGUUUUGAAGAUGGAAGAAAACAAUCUUUAUGGAGGAGCAGCUGUACUCCCCGAGCUUUCCCCAGGGUUUCGGUGACCAGAUUGGUGUUUGGGGAGCUGCCCUUGGGGGCAGGGACAGUGGAGAAGUUCCGGCUGCAGUCAGACCUGCUGAGAGUGGACAUCAUUUCCUGGGGCUGCACCAUCACGGCCCUGGAGGUCAAAGACAGGCAAGGCAGAGCCUCAGAUGUGGUGCUUGGCUUUGCCAAGUUGGAAGGCUACCUCCAGCAGCAGCCCUACUUUGGAGCAGUGGUCGGCAAGGUGGCCAACCGCAUUGCCAAGGGGACAUUCAUGUUAGACAGGAAGGAGGUCAAGCUGGCCAUUAACAAGGAGCCCAACAGUCUGCAUGGAGGCAUCAGAGGGUUUGAUAAGGUCCUCUGGACCCCUCAGGUGCUAUUGAAUGGUGUCCAGUUCUCACGGGUCAGUCCAGAUGGUGAGGAAGGUUACCCAGGGGAGCUGAAAGUCUGGGUAACAUACACGCUUGGGGAGCUCGUGGUCAACUACCGAGCUCAGGCCAGUCAGACCAUGCCAGUCAGCCUGACCAACCAUUCUUAUUUCAACCUGGCGGGCCAGGGCUCCCCAAAUAUCUAUGACCACGAAGUCACUAUAGAAGCUGAUGCUUUUUUGCCUGUGGAUGAGACCCUGAUUCCUACAAGAGAGGUUGUGCCAGUACGAUGAACUGCAUUUGACCUGAGGAAGCCAGUAAAGCUUGGGCAACACCUGCAGGCGUUCCACAUUAGUGGCUUUGACCACAAUUUCUGUCUGAAGGGAUCUAAAGAAAACCACUUUUGCGCUCGGGUCUGCCAUGCUGGAAGCGGGAGGGUACUGGAAGUACACACCACCCAGCCUGGGGUUCAGUUCUACACGGGCAACUUCCUGGACGGCACCCUGAAGGGCAAGAGUGGAGCAGUCUACCCCAAGCACUCCGGUUUCUGCCUCGAGACCCAGAACUGGCCUGAUGCAGUCCAUCAGCCUCACUUCCCCCCUGUGCCGCUGAGGCCUGGUGAGGAGUAUGACCACACCACUUGGUUCAAGUUUUCUGUGGCUUAAGGAACUACAAAGAUAUAACCUGCUCCAGAGCCAGGCUGGGAGCUCCAUCAGCUGCUGCCUGUCUUCUAUUCAGAAAUG